AUGUGGAUAGUUGUGGUUGAUUCAUUAGCUAUUGUUGACGUUGGUGCAACAGUCAAAGAUGUUGGAGGGGUGUUUGUGGAAGUCAAAAUUGUAGCAUCAGUAGUUUUUGUGUUGUCAGACAGAGUUGUGGUUGCUGCAUCAGUUGUUAAAAUUGGUGCAAUACUUGAGGAAAUUGAAACAGUUUUUGUGAAAGCUAAAUUUGUAGUUGCAUCAAUAGUUGUUGUGGUAUCAGGUAUAGUUGUGGUUGCUGCAUCAGUUGUUGACGUUGGUGCUACAGUUGAGGAUUUUGGAGGGGUGGUUGUUGUAGCCAAAGAUGUUGUUGCAUCAGUAGUUGUUGUGGUGUCAGGCAGAGCUGUGGUUGAUUCAUCAGUUGAUGUUGACGUUGGUGCUAUAGUUGAGGAUUUUGGAGGGGUGGUUGUGGUAGUCAAAAUUGUAGCAUCAGUAGUUUUUGUGGUGUCAGACAGAGUUGUGGUUGAUGCAUCAGUGGUUGACAUUAGAGGGGUGGUUGUGGAAUCCAAAGUUGUUGUUGCAUCAGUAGUUGUUGUGGUGUCAGGCAGAGCUGUGGUUGAUUCAUCAGUUGUUGUUGACGUUGGUGCUACAGUCGAAGAUGUUGGAGGGGUGCUUGUGGAAGUCAAAAUUGUAGCAUCAGUAGUUUUUGUGUUCUCAGUCAGAGUUGUGGUUGCUGAAUCAGACAUUGUUGCCGUUGGUGCCACAGUUGAGGGUGUUGGAAAGGUGGUUGUGGUAGCCAAAGAUGUUGUUGCAUCAGUAGUUUUUGUGGUGUCAGACAGAGUUGUGGUUGCUGAAUCAGUUGUUGAAAUUGGUGCAACACUUGAGGAUAUUGAAACAGUAUUUGUCAAAGCCAAAGUUGUAGUUGCAUCAAUCGUUGUUGUGGUGUCAGGUAUAGUUGUGGUUGCUGCAUCAAUUGUUGACAUUUGUGCUGUAGUUAAUGAUUUUGGAGGGUUCGUUGUGGAAGCCAAAAUUGUUGCUUCAGUAGUUGUUGUGGUGUCAAAAAGAGUUGUGGUGGAUGCAUCAGUGAGUUGUGGUUGA